AGUGAAGAUACACAGCAACAAAUUAUCAGAGAAACUUUCCAUUUAGUAUCAAAACGUGAUGAAAAUGUCUGUAAUUUCCUAGAAGGUGGAUUAUUAAUAGGUGGAUCUGAUAACAAACUGAUUUACCGACACUAUGCCACCUUGUAUUUUGUCUUCUGCGUGGAUUCUUCAGAAAGUGAGCUUGGCAUUUUAGACCUCAUACAAGAAGACAACUCUAUUCCUAAAGGAUGUUCUCAGGAGAAAUUCUUGCUGCACUUUGAG